UCACUCAGUUUCCACUCCCUCCUCACACACGCGCGCACGCACGCGCGCACGCGCACUCUCUGGUUCCACACCUGCCCUCCGGCACGCCGCGACACCUGCUCGCAGCUCACCGGGCUCACUCACCAGAAAGGCAAAAACACUUUGUCUCCUGCAAUGACGCCGCGAACAUCUGCGUGAGCCUGAGGACCGGGGAGCGAGAAAAAGGGAGGGAGGCGCCCCCCCCCCCCGGACCCCCGUCGCCCCCACCCCCGCCCCCCCUCCAAAAAAGAAGCAGCAGAUGUGACUGAAGAGGAGAGGCGGAGAGAAAGAAACUCAAUCUGCCCCCCCCUCCACUCAUCCUCCCCCCCCCCUCGAUCGGGGGAGAACAAUACGGAGCCUCCAGCCGGAGCGGGUCAGCCUUUGUCCCUCUCCCCGGCGGACCGACGCGCUGACACACGCUGACCCGCCGCUGUGAGCGCGGAGGGCGGCGCGCGGCACCUGGACGCGCCGUUUUCCCUUUGCUUCAGUACCUGGACAGCUCCCGAGAGCGACGUGCUUGCGCGCUUGAGUGUUUCUUUUGGAGGGGUUUGUGUGGGUGAAGGGGGGGGGGUGGUAGGGGAGGUGUGUUUGGAGACGACCACCACAGAUGCAGUCCCAGUGCUCUCUCCCGCCGGGCCCCUGCGGGCCCCCGCCGACCCCCGGCUCGCAGAGCAGCUUCUAUCAGCUGGAGGAGAAGCAGCUCUUUGAGAAGUUUUGGAGAGGGACUUUCAAGGCUGUGGCCACCCCGAGGCCGGAGAGCGUCAUCGUGGCCAGCAUCACCGCCCGCCGGAGGCUGACCAGCUUAGAGACGACAACAACCUGCCAGCCGCUCAAGGCCCACGAGGAGAAAGCCGGGGGCGGCGUCCUGCACGCCGGCGGGGACGCGGGGGACCGGAACGGCUGCGUCAGAGGAAAAGGACGCAAGCGCCACGGUCGCCGGCGGGCGCGCAGCCCCUCCUUUGAUGAGGAACUCUCCCCCCGGCCCAAAGGGAAGAAGAAGAAGAAGAAGAGGAAGUCUGAGCGGAAGAGGAAAAGGAAAAGGUCUCCUUCCUACAGCUUGUCGCCACUGCGGAAGAAGAAGAAGAAGAAGAAGAGCUCCAAGAAAAGCAAGCGGCACAGGUAUACCUCCAAGAAGACCAAGCACAGCAGCUCUUCGAGUUUCAAACGCAAGAGGAAGGAUGAGCGCAAGCACAAAAAAAGUUCUCGGACUCACUCCCGGCGGAAGCGGCGCUAUCGGAGGUCAGAGUUGGACGGUUCAUCUUACCGAUCUCCCUCAGAGGACAGAAAGCAUCUGCGCGGAUCUGCAGUGCUCGACCACACGGACAUGAAGCGGGGACCUGAAACCAAAUCAGUGUGUAAAACGGCGCCAAAGUAUCGCUCCAUCCUCUCGACCGCCAGCAUCCCGUCGUCGGGACCCGGAGGAGAGAUUUCACGCGGGAAAGCGUCCCAGCACUCGUCCGGCCACGCCGAAGUGCCGCACGAUUACGACUCGGGCAACGACACGUCCUCGCCGCCGUCCAGCAAGACUGGCGUUUGUCAGUCGGCUGUCGGUGACAACAAGAGGAACCGCUGUAGGCGCCCGUCCGCGUACGGAGACAAUGCCUCUGAUUCAGGGAACUCUGUGACCAGCUACGCCUCCCUGUGCAAACCGUACGCGGAGGACGGCGUGUCUGCGGCCAUUUUCAGUGGGGACGGCAAGAGAGGGCAGAUAACCUUGGGGUGUCGGGUGGAGGUCGUGAGAUCCCUGAAGACAUCCAGGUGUUCCCAGAGGAGGAGAAAGGCGUCCGGAAGGCGGACGAAAAGGCGUCCGUCCAGCAGCAGGAGCAGGAGCAGAUCCUCAGGGAGCUCCAGAUACUGCGGCCGCUAUUCUCGAAGCGCGUCGCUGUCCUCCUGCAGCUCGUACUCGCGCUCAGCGAGUCAUUCAGCUGAUCCGAGGCGACGGGGCAGCGUGGCCAGCUCGAGCUCCGGGGGAAGCUUCUCCAGGCGCAGCGCUGACAGACUACGAGACGGAAAGAGACCGCGCAGCUCCAGGGCGACAGAUGUGAAGCGCGCACAUAAGGUCAGUGGGAAGAGACAAAGACGGAAAUCCUACUCGCCGAUGAAGAAGCGGAGGAGGGACUCGCCGAGCCACCUGGAAGCCCGGCGGAUCACGAGUGCCAGGAAGCGACCCGUCCCCUACUUCCGGCCGAGCCCUUCCUCCAGCAGCCGGUCCACCAGCGUGUCGUCCUGGAGCAGCCUCUUCACCCGCAGCCGCAGCCGCAGCCGGACCCCCAGUUACUCCUCCUACCGGAGCUACAGCCGCAGCUCGUCCUGGAACUCCAUCUUUGGGACCCGCAGUCGCAGCCGGAGUCGCGGCCCGUUGCCCAAACGCCACAAAAGAAGGCGUUAGGGUCGUCAAGGGGUCGUCAAGGGGUCGGAGGCUCGCGGCCCCUUUUUUUUUCUCCAGCGAUGGAUGUUGGACUCUGGGCCGUCUCCGUGCGCUGCAUGGAUGGGAAUUGUCCCCGCGCGGGGGGUCCGACCACGUUUAUCGUUGUGGCCGCCCACAGAGACCACAGGAGACGGAAUGUCUCGCUGCUUCUUUGUGUUGUUCCUGUACUGCAUCGUCUUGCAUCAGCACUAAUGGCCUGAGACUGUUCAUCUUUUAGAUACGUAAACAUCGCUGCUGCUUACUAUGACCAUUCACUUACCAUAAUUAUUCUCUUAAAUUCGAACUGUAUUUAUUUAUUUUAAUAUGGAAAGUUCUUUGACACAGUGAAUCAUAAGGUACAAAGGAGAGCAGAAAUGAUGGAGUGUGUACAUACGGAUGCACCAGCUUCACAAGGCAUGUCAGGUAGUGUGUGUUGGAUUUUGUUUCCGACUAAUGGAGGAAACGUUUAAGCCGCUUGAGCGUUCACAAAUGGCUCGGGAGCGACGUCAGGAAUGAAGAAAAGGUACUUUGCUCCGAUCUCUGCGCGUCGGCUGUCAGCUCAAAUGUCAAGUUAAUUUAUCCUCAAGUGAAAAACAAUUGAAAUGUCAAUCGGAUGUGAUGCAGCGGCGAGCGAUCGAGACGUUCGGGGUGUCAGAGGAGGUUCUUCGCUCGGCAACUCAUGGCGAGUGAAACAUCUGUUUUGAGAAACAAAAAGGUUACUUUAAAGGUGCCGCGCCGUCCAUAUGUAUGUGUAUUUAAUAUUUAUUGAUCUGUCGUCCCUCUCAGUGGUGGUCAAUCUUUCUAUGCAACACUGUUGAUGUAUCAUUACCACGACUGUAAUUUAUGCUUGGUUUGUUCAUCUUGGGUUUUUCCGCCCGGGCGUAAACCUCAAAGUGCUGGCAGGCGUUCAAAAGCAAAAAGAUCUGACCUUUUGAUUCUUGGUGCCUUGCCAAGCGAGUUAGAUGGCCCGAUUGAUUCUGCUCUCAUACAUGUCAGUUAAAUAGGAAGCUACAUACAGCAGCUAAGUGACCUUAGCAUAAAGACUGCAAGUUAAAAGGUUAAUCUGCCAGAACCUCCAAAGCUGACUAAUUAGAAAAUGUGUUUGAUCCGUAAAACAUUUAAGGAACUUGAUAACUGGUUAUGAAAUUGUCCCAAUUUAAUACUGAUGCUUCUACGUGACCUUUUUUAGUUAAAUAAUGUAUUUGUCUACUUCGCUAUAAUUAUUCGUGAUGCUUCUCUAGCGAGGUCAGUCAAAUGAGAGGUUUUCUAAAGGGAGUCUGGUGUUUGGGAAACGCACAAUAAGACACACAAAAGGGAAGUUGAUUUAAAAAUGACAAGUUUAUUUCUCGGCUGAGCCUUUUUUUUUCUACGCAGUGAACUAUUGCAGUGAGUUGAAGAUGGAUGCUAAACUAAGCUAAUCACAAACCGCAAACACGCGCAGGCGUCAUCAAUCUCCUCUCGGCGCAUUUUGCUCGAAAUGUCGACGUGAAUCUUAAAAAAGUUAAUUCCAAGGCGGCUUUGCGUCCACAUUUUAGUUUUAGAAACCGCCACAUGCUGAAUAAUUACCAGUUAUAUUCCUCGAUCACGUCGAAUCCAUCUUCUGCGUAACCGCUCCGGGCCCCGACAGGCCUCGCUUCUCUCAGCUUAUUGCCCCGAAUGUCGACCAAAUCAGACGAAUGGGGCGAAGAGGAAACGUGAUUCUGCACAGAAACCCUCCAAAAACUCCCAUAAAGUGACGAGAUGCCGGCGGGAUGGUUUUGUGCAGUCGGGUCGAGGAACUUUUUCUAGAUGUGCUCCCGGGUCCACCCCGGUGUCCCCCCCCUCCCCUCUCCUCACAAUGUAAAGUUCUUGUGUAAAAGUCCUUUUGGACGUGUAAUUACUGUGGUGUAAAUAUGCCUCUGCGUUGUAGAGAUUGUACACAAAGGUUGUGACUUUGGGCCUCGUCGGGUGUUAGAAACGUCCCCCAGUGGACUCUAUAUGUCUCUGUGCUGAAGCUCCCUCCUACCGUGUCUUAUGUUAUCAUACAGAAUAAGAAAGCCGCGUAGUGGCCCAGUGUUUCCCUGUUAAAUCACGCUGUGAAGGACUCUAUCGUUUGUCAUGCUGUCACUUUUUUUUAAUCUUGUGCCACUGUAGAAUGUGUAGGAUAAGCUCUAUGAAACCAUGUCCUGAAUUAAAACCGAGUCUCGUUUUA